AUAUAUAUAAAUCAAUUAGAUUCUUUGAAAUGUCAUUUUAUUAGCUUAAAGCUCUUGAAUGGAUAAAAGUUGUAUCUAAGAGAAAUUGGAUACUCUAUCAAAUUACUUGAUAGUAACAAUUCAGCCAAUUCAAAUCUGUUUGCUCUCCCCUUCUUUCUAAUUUGUUUGAUAUAUUAGGGAUACAAGUCUCUUUAGGAGCGUAUGAGUUUUAUAAAGUUUUCUUUGGAUUUGACAUACAUGUGAUCAUGGAAAAGAAAGCUUCUAUGAAAUCUACUCGAUGGAUACUACAACCAUGGAGCCUUUUAUUUCUUAUUCUAAUUCAAUUCUUGGUACAAUUUUUAACAUCUAUCUAUCUUUAUACUUAUGUGGCCCAUGUGGAAACAGAUGUUCUUAUUAUGCGAAACCAAGACUUUUUAGAAACUGAAAAAUUGGUAAGGAGGAAACGAAGUAGUGCUUUACCUGUGACAGAAGAUAAUAAAGUUUCAGAUACAUCCAGAAUUUGGCAAGAGAAGGAUACAUUAAAAGAAUCUAAGAAAGUAACUUCAUCUCCCAUAGCAAAAACAGGUUUGGCAUCUUCUCCAAUUACUCCUAUGGGACAUGAUUGGGUAUGGUUAAAUGCAGAUACUCGUGUGCAGCUCGAUGCGAUUGAAAAUUUUUGUCGAUCGUCAAUGAAAUAUUGUCCUCCGGGAUUACCAGGAGCACCAGGAAGUCCAGGAGCUCCCGGGGAACCAGGUCUUCCCGGAUUACGAGGGAUGACUGGUCCGAAAGGACCACCCGGUUUGACUGGUCCUCCUGGUCCUCGUGGACCAAAAGGUGAUAUAGGACCAGCUGGUUUUGAUGGAAGAGAUGGAAUACCGGGGGAACCUGGACUUGAUGGAAUUCCUGGACGUAGUGGUACAGAUGGAUUAUCUGGUAUGAAUGGUAAACCAGGACUAAAUGGGUCUCCUGGUCGGCCUGGACGUAAUGGAACAGAUGGAAGGCCAGGUCAAAUGGGACCUCAAGGACCAAUUGGACCACGUGGAGAAAUGGGUCCUCCUGGUAGACCAGGCUCACCAGGGCAAGAUGGCAGGCCAGGGAUAACAGCCUGGAAGGUGAACAUGAAUGAUUAUAAUAUAAACGACUUAUUGAUUCCUCCUUCUAUUCUAGAUGAUCGAAUGUUACCUUCAACAGUAAAUUCGACUGGCUUAAUUUCCAUUUAUGAAGGAACUAAUUUACGAUUAAAAUGUGCAGCAAGUGGCAAACCUGAACCUACUGUUCAAUGGUUUAGAACCGAUGGUGGUGUCAUUCCUAUAGGAUCUUGGCACGUGACUUCUGUAAUUGGACAUACAUUUAAUAUCAGUAUAGUUAACAGAGAACAUAUGGGAGAAUAUAUUUGUGUAGCUGAUAACGGAAUUCCGCCUCGAGCAUUGAAAAGAAUCAAACUUCAAGUUAAAUUUCCACCUUUCAUUCGAAUUCGCAAUCAAAUGAUUCGCGCACGCAGUCAAAGUACUGUAGUUUUAGAAUGUGAAGUUGAAGCAUUUCCAGAACCAAUUGUUUAUUGGGAACGUGAAGAUCGUAGACUCAAAAUGUCUGAAAAAUAUAGACUUGAAGUUUAUGACAGAAGAGAUAUGUAUAAGCUUAAAAUGCGCCUGAAGAUUGCAAAGAUAACAUCAGCAGAUUAUGGUACAUACCAUUGUGUUGUGAAAAAUGAUAUUGACACCACUAAAGGAUCAUUUACAGUCGAUGAUGAUGCGAAGAGUAUGGAGAAGUCAAAGCUAGGAAAACAACAACACGUUACAUAUGGAAAGCCUGCGCCACAGCACGUUGAUUUAGAUGAACUUUGUGCACCGCAUGAAACUUGCGCUGCUUGCCCUGUUUUAAGAUGUACUUUUACAGAUGUUGCUGAAUAUUUAAAUAUUCAGCCACUCAAAAAUGUCAACUUUACUGGACUUCCAUUGAGAUUGGCAGAUGGUGUAAUAGAAGCAGUAGGAAAACCAGUUUUAAAGGGUACUAUGGACGAUCAUUAUGGAAGCUGGAUGCAUGACACUAAAUCUGAUGGUUAUCCAGAGAAACUUUGGGUUACCCGAAAGAAUGAAACUUCUUUCAUAUUUGAAUAUGAGUCAAAGGAUCAUUUUAAACACGGGAGUUCAUAUCCCAUUAAACUACCAUAUCCAUUUCAGGGAAAUGGGCAUGUAGUGUAUAACAAAUCUUUCUUUUAUAAUCCCAUAAACCGAUCAUCAAUUUUUCGAUUUAAUCUUCAUUCUAUUUCUGAUCAAGUAUGUGGUAAGGAUUUUUCGCGUUGUGAAUUACAUCUUCCAGGUUUAUUAGUGAACACGAGGAAUUAUUUAUAUACACCGAAUCAUAAUUUUAAUUAUGUUGACUUCAAUGUUGAUGAGAAUGGGUUAUGGUUAAUAUACGGCUUACCAUCGAAUAAUACAAUAGUAAUAAAGAUGGAUGCGACUAAUAUGAAUAUUCAACAUGCAUGGAACAUUAGUAUAGAUAAUCAUAAAUUUGGAGAAAUGUUCAUUGCUGGAGGAGUGCUUUACGCUGUUCAUAGCGUUACGGAAGAAACGAUGAAAAUAAGGUUGGCCUUUGAUCUUUAUAAAAAUGUUACAAUACCUGUUCAUUUAUCAUUCACGAAUCCUUAUCACAAAACUACGGCAGUCAGCUACAACCAUAAGACAAAAGAACUAUAUACUUGGAAUAAAGGAAAUCAAUUGGCUUACCCGAUUAAAUAUCAGGGCUCUGCAAAUGCUACAGCAAAAGAAGAAUUCAGGGUUAAGGAAACUGGAGUUUGAGGCUACCAUCAAUGUGAAAUUGAAAAAUUGGUGAAACAUAUAUAUUUUAUCCUUUAACUUUUUAUUAAUGUAUUAACAAAAGAAGACAAUAAGAGAAAUAAAGCUUUUCUCUCCAUUUAA